GAUGAUAAAAAAUCAAGUGGUAAUAAUAUAAUUAAACUUGGGUUUCCUUCACUCUCUACAACCAUCGGGCAAAUACCAAUCGAUGAAGCUGCACGCAUUGCUUGUGAAGUUAUAAAAGAAUUUUUAAAUUCUCAUAAAAAUGAUUGGGACUUUCAAUUGAUUUUAAUUGAUCAAGAUGAACGAGUGUUAAAUAUUUUUGAAUUGGAAUGGAAGAAAUUUAAAGAAAAUGAAGAAUCAAGGUUUCAAAUUAAACUUGGAGAUUUUGUUGAAAUAAUGGUUGAAAUUGAGAUAGAAUACAUUGUAAACGAAUCAACAUGGAGGUUAAAACCCGAUGUGACACCUUUGAGUAAAAGUUUAUACGAAGUUAUAGGAUCAAAAUUAUUUGAAGAGAUGAAACGGUUAUAUCCAAAUCCGGGAAUAGUUGGUGAAGCAUACCCUGUACCUAUACCAUCAACUAGUGAAUUUUAUAAAGGCGUAAAUCAGAUUAUAUACGUAAUUUCUCCUAACAUGAACCCAUCUCGACCAGAUCCAGUCUCCCUUGAAGUUGCCAAAAAUGCCCUUAAAGAAUCAUAUCAAUCGAUGUUGAACGCCUUCUGGACGUUAAAAAAUGGUCAACAGUAUACUCCAAGGAGGCAACAAUCGCAAGAAAAAAGAUCUGCCUUUGAUGUGUUGAUGGGCAUAGUACAUAACUCUGCCUCAACGCCCAAACCUACAACGAGAUCAUCGUCAUCAACGCAUACAUUUUCUUGGGGAAGAGAUGUACUCUUACCGUAUUGUGAGCGCCCGGAGAUUUUUUCCGAUAAAGAAGUAUAUUCUUAUGACGACAAUAUUGUCAUUAUUUGGGAUAAAUAUCCAAAGGCAAAAAUACAUCUUUUAGUCAUGCCAAGACAAUUAAAAAUUGAUAGUCUUGAAGAAUUGAAAAAACAGGAUCUAAACUUGAUUCAAACUAUGAAACGAAAAGGGCAACAGGUGAUCGAUUCGUAG